GUACUAGAAGUCAAAUCUUUGAGGCCAGAAGACGACCUAGGAAGCGUCUUUGGACAGGAAAGCUGAAAUAGAGGACUUAUCGCAACCUUUUUCUAUUUUUUUUUCUCUUUUUUACUCUCUGCAAGGGGGAUCCGUAGAUUUUUACCGCUCGGUUUUGCUGUCUGUGUGAAUCAAUCUGUGGAAGAAGGUUGACUAGCCUGGGGUUUGUUGACUCUUCUCCCCCACUGCUUAGUUGACUUGCCGACCAAAUGUGCGUAAAGGGGCUGUUUAUUAUCGCCGUCCUGUUUGGACUCGCAGCUUCAGGUGUUUUGCAGGUGAGCGGAAUGCGUGUUUACACAUCUGGGGAUGUUGAGGCGGUCAAUGGAACAGAUGUUCGUCUCAAAUGCACAUUUGACAGUUCAGCCAAGAUCAACCCUGAUCUUGUCAUCAUCUCCUGGACUUUCAAACCCCUUUCAGGAGGCCGAGUAGAUAGGAUUUUUCAUUACCAGCAAAAACCAUAUCCGCCUCUCGAUGGCAUCUUUAAGAAGCGCAUCUCUUGGGCUGGUGAUAUCAUGGGGAGUGACGCCUCCAUCAUACUUCGGGAGGUCAAGUUCAUCUAUAAUGGCACCUACACCUGCCAGGUGACAAAUCCUCCUGAUGUUCAUGGCCCAGUUGGGGAGAUUCGUCUUCGUGUUGUCAAAACAGCUUCUUUCAACGAACUUCUCUACCUGGUCCUGGCCAUUGGAGGUGGCAUCGCCGCUGUGGUCUUUUGUCUCAUAGUCAUCGUGUCCUGCAGGAGAUGCAAGAGAAAACACAGACAGAGGCAGCUGGAGGGUGAUGAAGAGGUUCCCCGCAAAGAGAGGAAAGACCCCACUGCGUGCCACCCAUCAAAGGCCAUCCACCUCUACCUGUCAGAGACAUCAUUAGAGAUUGACAGUUCAGAUGGCAUGAUCUCAGACCCCAGCACCAGAGACCCAAGCUCUUCAGAGGAUGAUGGCCCUAGAUCGGAUGAUGACUCUGACUGAGAAGAACCAAACAGAGACAGGAAUGCUGAUGAGAUCCCAUCAGGAAACUUGCUGGAAGGAGGCUCCACGGGUGCCUUUGAAUUGCACUCUUCUGCCAAGCAGAGACUUGCUGAAGGAAGUGCUGCUACAGUGAAAGUGAGAAGAUGAUGAAGAUUUGAGGAAAAACAGAGAAUAUGAAUCUUUUAGAGGGGGAAAAAAACAACAUUUCUGUAGAGAUCUCAGAUUCAUUUCAAUGCUUGGAAACAGUUCUAAAGUAAAACAGCAUUCCCGUUUGGAGGGUCCAUAAAUGUUUGAGGAAAUGAAACGGUGGAUCAAACUCGAACAAAACCCCAAAGCUAAUGUGCCAAACUGGAUUGUGGACUUAAAGCUGGCCUGGCCAAUGUAGCGAGUAUGUUUAGCUUUUGUUGGAGCUUUCUGCUGGUUUACACAUGAAUCAUCUUAGCAGAACAAGUGUUUGCUGUAAUUCUGAGCCACACAAAGUGCGUUAUAUUUCGUGAGUUGUCUGUUUUUAAAGACAAUUUUUUAAAUGUAAAUAUCUCCAGUUAUUUGUAGAGAUGCACAAAUAAAUCAUCUGAUUGAUUUCUAGCUUGAUGUGCGCUGACUGGUGACUAUACCUAAACACUAACAAGUCCAGGUUACAACAACGCUCUUUCAUGUAGCUGCUGUUAUUGGUGAAGUAGACUCGGUUGGCUAUUUUCGGUUUGUGAGGUGUUUAAAAAUGAAGUCAGGACAUGGAGAUGUAAGCACCUACCUAAAAGGAAACCUGUCCAACACUUGUGUACAGUUUAUUGAGGCUGCAACAGAGUGAGAUGGAGCAAUACAUUCAGAAGGUAACAGGAAGGCUGAAUGUAAAAGACCAAUGUUGCACUCUUUAAUCCUUUGGAACACCUUUCAACCUCUGUCUGUCAUGAGAAAUGGUGGAUUAAGAAAUCUUGGCAGCCUUUUGGAAAUCUCAAAGCUAAGGUAAAGAUCUGCUUUCUCCAGUGAGUACAUGUGGAGGCUGCUGGUUUAGUAUUGCUAGCCAAGUUAACUGUGUUCAUCUCUAAUAAAAGAUCAGAAAGUUGGUUUAAAAUGUGAUUAUGACUAUUUUGUGCUUGUUUAAAAGAAUUUGUAAAAUCCUCUUUAACACAAAUUGCUCCCUUCAUAGAGUAUAUGUUAUGUAUGUUAAUUGCUGCACUUAGAGAAAUCUUAAGCAGCUAUAACUGGUAUUCAGAGGGCAAAGCUUUACACAAAACAUAGAUUGGGAACAUAAAAAUACUAAUCUGUCAGUUUCUUGUAAGUUCCUGUCUAAAGUUUUGUCUUCAUUGGACUACAGAAGCUUUUAACAUUACAAGUAGCACUUGUUAAACAAUCCAUGCAGAGUUUUUUUUCUAAUAUGCUGUUUCCCUGGUUGAGUUUGUUUAUAGAUAGAUAGAAACUUUAUUCAUCCCUUUGGGAUUUACCCUCAGGAAAAUUGUAGUUCAGUCACCCACACAGUACCAAUACAUCAAAUACUUAAACAUUUUUAUUAUUAUUGUAAAAUAUAAAAUUUUACAGAAAAUGUGUUAAUAUAAUUGAACCAAAAAGAAAAAAACUAAACAAACUGAACGUCCACAUAUUCAACUGGAUUAAUUAGUCCAGCUUAGAAAAUGGUUGUCCCUGCUGUAUUUUGGGUGGAGGAUGGUGACUGUUCCUUUUGUGGAAAAAUACUCAGUGUUAAGGUUCCUGUCGUUCUACCGCCACACUUAUCCUGUUUGCUAUUGGAAUUAGUUGGUGUCCAAUCCCUUUAAUAGACAUCUUCAGUCUUGUCAGAAAAAGCUUAAUUUUAGUGUUUUCCCCUAAAUUGUCCAUUGUCUUAUGUCCUUAUGACAGACCAUGCCAUAUUGUUUUGCUGAAAAUUGACAAGUUUUCAACAAUUAUUUUUGUUAGUAAAUUUAAAGUCCUAAAGCUUUAAGUCACUACAAAUAACUUGAGAAUUACACCCAAGCAAGUUGAAUGAGAAGUACUUUACAUUAGGACUUAAUUUGUCACAUCAAAUUUCUCAUAUUAAACGGUAAGAAUGUGAUUUAUUUUUUCUUUCUUCUGUCUAAAAGCGAAAGAUUUGAUUAGUGGGAAGCAACCACAUGUACACACCUGCCCUGACGCUCAUGUGGGAGUGCACAGUAAGAUCUGAAAACCCUUUUUGAUUGCAAAAUGUCCUUGAAAGCCUGUGCUCUAUUCUUUCAUUUGUGAAUGCAUUCCAACUAACAAGUGUGUUAAAAUGCCCAUAUUUCAGAUUUUUGUGGCAGAUUUUGUAUUCGUAUUCAAAGUGUUUUAGAUUUAUAAGAAAAUGUUACAUUUGUAUUUGUAAUAGAGCUUUUAUAAAGAAAAAGUUUUUCUAAUAAAAAGCCUUUAAAUCUUUU